AUGUGACUGUGGAUCCUGGCAGCCCGGAGAGGACGCUCCCGCCACCUCCCUCAAGCGACUUCCAUGGCGACCCUCACGUUCCCCUCACUCGUCGCGCUCCGGAGCGGGUCACCCAGCGGGGUGUUAGACCCGACCGAGGGGGACCUCUCCGAGGCGGAGUCCGCAGGGAUAGAAGAGACGCCUCGGGGUGCGAGGCGAAGGAGGUCGGUGCAGCCAACGGCAGCGAUGCGCCCGGAGGCUCCGGGCUUCCGAGACCUGGGUUCCAAUCCGCCCCCCUUCCGCAGUCGGCCGAGGUCGGCGUACCUGGCGGGCGAGGGCCGCGGCGGCGCGGGGCGGGCUGGCCAUGGGGAGGCUGCGGGGGCGCGGGGCUGCGGGCGGCGGCGGCGGCGUUGGCGGCGGCGGCACUGAGCGCGCGGCUGCACGCGAAAGCCGGCGGCGCGCCCCGGCCCCGGCGCACGGGCCGCGCGGCGCGGGGUGCCCCGACCCCCGGCCGCGCGCCAGGGCCAGGCGCAGGGAACGACGCAGCCCCUCCAGCAUCCCGAGGGGAGGAGCCUCCACUCGUCUCGGCCCUCCCGGUCUGCAGACGCCGAAACUAAAGCCGUUGUCCCUGCCACCGAGGUCUCCUGCGGCGGCCAGAUGCGCGCCGCGAGCGAGCGUCUUUCCAUGCGGAUUUUCUCGAGCAUCCUUAUUUACUUACCCUCUGAGUGA